AUGUUAACGUACUAUGAUCCGCAAGCGUAUGCGCAGGCAGGUGAUGACGCAGCACCACGAGCUGAGCAGCGCAGAUCAGCUCUCACCCAAGUCGAAAUGCGGACGGGACAGGGGAUUGUCCAAAGUGAGAUCGAAGAACGCAUUUCGAAAGUGAAUCCGUCAGCUUGUGUGAACGCGCUACAAGUCAUCUCUGAACUUCAUUGCAAUUUGCCAAGUCUAUUCAGUCUCCGUCUCAAGAAACUCAUUGCCGAGUUUGUCGUGCCCGGACUCAUUCUCAGCUAUGAAACAGAUCCCGAGGAUGCUGACUCAUUUGAUCCGUUAACGCCACUGGAAGAGCAACCUAUCCCAAAGUAUUGUCUUUCGAAAGUAUUUGGAAUGAAACUAUUAGCUCGUUAUUUGUUUACAUGUGGUGGCGAUACAGAAGACGAUUCACUGGCAAGGAAAACGCUUAGAAUGUUCAUAGCCUUCAUUCGAGCAGUUGGAGAUUUGCACGACUCGGACAAAAACAUCAGCGCGGUUGAGAAAGCUUGGCUACGAACUGUUGCUGGAACAUCGUUGCUGAAACUAUGUUACAUUCAAAAGUAUUCUCAUAUGAUGGGUGCCGACAUGUUCGUGACUCUUGCAAGUCUGAUGAAGGAUGAAGCCGAUUGUGUUCGUGGCUACUUCGUUAGACGGCUGAAUAAAGGGAUCUUGAGAAAUAGGCUCACGAUUGAGUACCUUUCUUUUUUCUCAUUAGUUGCUUUAAUAAAUCCUGGAGGCAUCGACGAGGAAAAGGCCGUCAAAAUAUAUCGUGAGCAAUGCUGUGGAUACCUACUUGCAGCCAUUUCUCGCCGAAGAAACUUGAUUCAGUCAUCGUCAUUCUCGUCUAUGUAUCUGCCAUAUCACCAACCAGAAUACGCCAUUGCUUAUGCUGUCUGGCUUCUCUCACACCAAGAAAUGCUAUCAACUCAUUCCGAUGUCGCAAACAUUGCAAUCCUUCAGGAGUGUCUGUGGUUCACUAUGGAACCUUUCCUAGCGAAAAAGGAAAAGACCGAUUUUGAAUUUAUCUACUGCUUGCUGCAGGAUAUCAAAGAAUCUAAUGACGCUUUAUUUGAAAAGAGACGCAAGGAUGGUGAAAUUGGUGAGGCGGAGUUAGUCGGACAAAGCAAGAAGAUGUGGGCGUUAGCUGAUCUGGGUAUGUUAAUGCUUGUGUAUCGAGGCAAAAUUACUAUACGUAAUGAGCCACGAAGAACACUGCUUUCCACACGAUUCUUCAUUCGCGAGAAGAACUCGAAGCACGCCGGAAUGGUUUAUGCACCGAACGAAUUGAUUGAAGACGAAAAGGACCGAAACGGCAAGUUACCUUCUUGUGACCGUAAGCGUUUAAACAUUACAUGUAACACAACGACAACAAAGAAGACUACCCGAAAAGCAGAAAAAAUAGUAAAAAUACAGAGAGGACGAGGGAAGUUAGAUAAAGAUGUUAAUUCGUCACCUUCUAAUGAGGAUCUUAGUCCUGAAAGAAAAAGUAAAGGUCGGAAACCCCUGAAAAUAGAGCAAAAAAGCUUAAACACUGAAAGCGAGCAACGCGUCAAACAAUCAAUUGAAUUGCCGAUCCGCUCAUCACCAGGGUCAAGUGCUAAUCACUCAUCUAUGAAAAGUCGGUCGUCGAAUGAAAGUGAUCAUCUCGACAAGAUGAACGAUAAUAUGGCAGUAGAGGGAGAAGCGUCACCUUCAACAUCGGAGGAACAACCAUAUACAAGAAACCUACGCAGUAGAAAGUCCCAGCUGUCAUUUCCAAAUACCAGACCUGAAAUGUCGCAGAAGAGGUUUUUCAACGUAAAUGCUUCUUCAGUAGAAGAUUCCAACAACACCGAAGGAGUAACCAUUAUAACACCACAUAAUGAUGCGAAGACUACUACAUGGCCAACGAAGAGACAGCGACCAUCGUUAGGCAAUCUCGACGACAUGCUUCAUUUCUCACCAAUAACAAGGAGUGGUGAGAAGAGCACAAAAAGAAUGCCAUUUCACGCGGCUCCGUUGUCUACCUCAACACCAAUGCCAACAAGCAGUGUAGGGAAGUCGUCAAAAAGAAGAAAGCUAACAAUAAGAGAAGCUAAGGCAGUGAUGAGUAAGCUAACUGACGAGAUUCCUAAAAAGGAGAAGGAAAUGAAUGAUAGCAACACUUUGACAAAACCAACACGCUCAAAACGUCCAAGUGUGCCUGAAUCAGGUUCUUAUUCUCCUGUAGGAUCUGCUUCAAAAAAUAGGACAACUUUGUUGCCUCUGAAGCAAUCGCGACGUCCAAAAAGAAUAGCACAUGCAAAAGCUAAGUGA